AAAAAAAAACUAUAAAAAUAUGAGUCAAGUUCUCAAAAAUGAUCGAAGCCUGCAAGGUUCCCACUUUACAGUUGCAGAGGUGAUAAAAACGUCGCCGCAUCCGACGCUCCUGUGGUUCUCAUUUCCCUCCGUUCUCCGUAGCUUUUUCCUCAGGUAAAAAUGAGCUUGGUGUUGAAGCGUCGAGCAAAAGUUAAAGAUAGGAUCAAUGCGCUACCAGAUGCACUUCUAUGUCACAUACUUUCGUUCCUUCCUACAAAAUAUGCUGUGAGGACCACCAUUUUGUCUAGAAGGUGGAAGAACUUAUGGACUUCUGUUCCCAAUCUCUACUUCAACGACAGAAAAGAUUUUCCUUCUUUUCAGGCAGGUCCAUAUGGCUCUAACCUUUUUACCAGAUUUGUUGAUCGUGUACUUUACUUCCGCGACUCAUCAGACAUAAAAAAAUUCCGUCUUUCAGUUACCUAUACUGAUGAUUUGUCUCAUGUUGAUGGUUGGCUUUGCACUGCCAUAAGGCGUAAUGUCGUUGAACUUGAUUUUGAGCUUUGUCAAUCUCAUUAUAAUCAAUACCGGGAAUUUGAGUUGCCUCAGAGCCUUUUCACGUGCAGAACACUAACGGUUUUGAAGUUGAGCUCAAACUGCAUUACCUAUGCUCCUCCUACAUCGGGGUGUUUCCCAAGCCUCAAGUUCCUCUAUGUCACAGUUCAUUAUCCUGAUACCGACUCAAUUGAAAAGCUUAUUUCUUGCUGCUCUAUCCUGGAAAACUUGAAUAUAGAUGGAAUUCUAAGAUGUGACGUAGUUUCAAAUAUCCAUAUUUCUGUGCCUACACUGAAGACAUUGAGUAUAAAUCUGUCCGUUGAUCCUCAGUAUCAUGAUUACAAUCUUCUUAUCAAUGGCCCAAAGCUUGAAAACAUUGAUUUCAAGCAAGAUCUUUCGUCAAAUUAUUCUCUGGAGCAUUCAAAAUCCCUAGUUAAAGCUAAUAUUGUUCUCAAAGAAGUUCCCUGCCGUGUAGUUGCACUACUGGAAGCAAUAUCAAAUGUGAAAUAUCUGUCUCUUUCAGCUGAACGUUUGAAGGAAUGGUAUCUCCCUGUUUUUCCUAAUUUGAGCCAACUGAAGGUGGUUCUUUAUGAUAGCUGUUAUUGGGAAAUGCUAGUAAUGUUACUCCGUAAGACGCCCAAUCUGGAGGAUCUUAUCUUAGAAGAUAGAACCAUAUGUCAAAGAGAUUAUUCAAAGCUUCGGUGGAAUCCACCAAAGUUUUUGCUUGUUUAUCUGCGGUCGCACCUCAAGACUAUCACCAUAAGAGGAUUCAAGGGACGAGAGAUUGAGAGGGAAGUGUCAAAGUAUUUGUUAGAGAACGCUAAGAUUUUGAAGAAAAUGAGGAUAUAUACAAGUCUUGUGCAUAUUACAGAGAAAGAGCUAUACAAGGAAUUCUUAAUGUUUCAAAGGGGUUCGGUGACUUGUCAAGUUGAAUUCAUCAAGAUGUAGUUGUACAAUAGUUUGAGCUUUGAAGUUCAAUUUUUUGGAGUACAAGGAUUUUUUUCGAACUCGUAGAAGUAUCACAUCAUGUUUGUUGUUUGAUGGUGGAUUGAACCUAUUUUGCAGUCUGUGUUCCAUGUAAUGAUAGAAUCUCUUUAAGCUUAUUUAGCUUUGUUUAGUUG